AACAUCCACCUCCAAAGCGCGCUAAGCCAGCACGUGAUCAUCAACCUCCACCUGUAACGACUAGAAGUAGGAAGGGAGCUUUGAAUUCGAAAUCUACAGUAAACCGGCUCACGAUCUUCGCAUACACAGGAGUAGAAAAAAAAAAUAAAUUGAAAAAAAGAGGAAAAUUUCAAUCAGCAGAAAAUCAAGGACAGGCUUUCACAGCCUCCGAAUCAAGCGGCCCAAACCCUAAUCUCUCUCCCAAAUUCCUCACCCGAAGAUGACGGAGCUGAGCUUCAAUCUCCUCCACACUCUCGAGCCCAGGAGGGAUGCUUAUGGAUUUGCUCUGAGACCUCAACACGCACAAAGAUACAGAGAAUAUGCUAAUAUCUAUAAGGAGGAGGAGGGGGAGAGAUCAGAUAAAUGGAAGGACUUCCUUGAACAGAUAGCAAAGUCUUCUCAACCAUGCUCUUCUGAGGAGGAAUAUAAAGAGAGAUUACAUGCUGAAGAUACUGAGUGCAAAGCAGAGACCAUUUCAGAGAGCAAGGAAGGUGAUGAUUCAAGAAGUGGGAAGUCCAUCUCUGAUGGUUCAGAAGAAAGUGAUCCUAAAAAGGAGGGGCAGCUUUCAAAAGAAACAAAGACCCAUAAGCUCCAAACCUGGGCUCAGAUAAGACCAUCCCUUGGUGCCAUUGAAAAAAUGAUGAGUUUUCGAGUUCAGAAGAGAAAGAAUAUGAUAGAUGAGCGCGAAACUGUAAAUGGGAACCAUCUUCCAUCUAUAGAAGAGGCAGAAUCCUUGGGAGGGGCUUCUGAUGACGAAAAGGAUUGUGUUAAUGAGACAUCAGAUGACAAUGAGAAUGCUACCAGGACAGAACCCACACCAGUUGAUGAGGUCUCUCCCAAACAUUUCUUUCCUUGGAAAGAAGAAUUGGAGUCCCUUGUUCGUGGGGGAGUGCCAAAGGAUCUUAGGGGAGAGGUUUGGCAAGCCUUUGUAGGUGUGAAGGCACGGCGGGUGGAGAGAUAUUACCAGGAUUUGGUGGCCCAAGAAGCUAAUGAUGGUGGAAGCAAGGUGCAUGAUGACUCAUCUGGUGUUUUCAAGAAAUGGAGAAGGCAGAUUGAGAAGGAUAUACCACGUACAUUCCCAGGCCAUCCUGCUUUGGAUGCAGAUGGUAGGAAUUCCUUGAGGCGUGUCCUUUUAGCAUAUGCUCGACAUAACCCCUCUGUUGGGUACUGUCAGGCAAUGAAUUUCUUUGCUGGUUUACUGCUACUUUUGAUGCCGGAAGAAAAUGCCUUUUGGACAUUGGUGGGAAUUAUUGAUGAUUACUUUGAUGGUUACUAUACAGAGGAAAUGAUUGAAUCUCAGGUGGACCAACUUGUUUUUGAGGAGGUGAUGCGUGAAAGAUUUCCUAAAUUGGUUAAUCAUCUGGAUUACUUGGGAGUGCAGGUAGCAUGGAUCUCUGGACCCUGGUUUUUAUCCAUUUUUGUGAAUAUGCUUCCCUGGGAAAGUGUUUUUCGAGUUUGGGAUGUGCUUCUAUUUGAAGGAACUCGUGUUAUGCUGUUUCAAACAGCACUUGCUUUAAUGGAGUUAUAUGGUCCUGCAUUAGUAACAACUAAAGACGCUGGGGAUGCAAUUACUUUGUUGCAAUCCCUUACUGGCUCUACAUUUGAUAGCAGUCAGCUUGUCUUGACUGCUUGCAUGGGUUUUUUGGCUGUAACUGAGGCUAGACUGCAAGAACUUAGGAAAAAACAUCGGCCAGCUGUACUAGUUGUAGUGGAGGAGAGAUCAAAAAGGGGCCGAGCUUGGAAAGAUUCCAAAGGGCUUGCGUCUAAGCUAUAUAGCUUUAAGCAUGAUCCUGGAUCACUGAUAGAGGAAAAGGAAUGUACUGAAGGAGGUAAUAAUCCAGCCGAUGGAGAUAAAUCUCCUCUGGAGUCCCAUUCCUCUAAUUUGGACGAAUUGCUUAAUAGCCUAAAUGUUGAUUCAGAAGUAGAUUCUCUACCAGAUCUUCAAGAACAGGUGGUUUGGCUGAAGGUCGAAUUGUGCAGAUUGCUGGAGGAGAAAAGAGGAGCUAUACUCAGGGCUGAGGAGCUGGAAACAGCACUUAUGGAGAUGGUCAAGCAAGAUAAUCGGCGGCAAUUGAGUGCAAGGGUCGAGCUGUUGGAGCAAGAGGUAACAGAGCUAAAGCAAGUCCUAGCCGAUAAGAGAGAACAAGAAACUGCAAUGCUGCAGGUCCUGAUGAGGGUAGAGCAAGAGCAAAGGGUUACGGAAGAUGCUCGAAUAAUUGCGGAGCAAGAUGCAGCUGCCCAGAGAUAUGCAGUUCAUGUGCUUCAGGAAAAAUAUGAGAAGGCUAUGGCUUCGCUCGCGGAGACACAGAAGAAAGUGGUUAUAGCAGAAUCAAUGUUGGAGGCUACCUUGCAAUAUGAAUCUGGCCAAUCUAAAGCACUAUCUUCUCCAGGGUACAUGAGAAUUCUCUCCACGUCGCGUAAUGACAAUUCGACAAGAAAGAUGGGUCUGCUCUCAUUUGGACUUGGUUGGCGUGACAAAAAUAAGGGCAAAACAACUAAGGUUGAGGAGUCCAAUGAAAGUAAAUCCACCAAUGAAGGAAUAGACCCAAAAUCUUCAGGUAACGAAACCAAAAACGAGGAGCAGGAAACUUAGUGGGGGAAGUGACGUGGUAGACUCUAUGCAAACACCCUCUUGCCGAACUUUUUUGUUUUUUUUAUUGUGUUCCUGCUGCCCAACUACUCAAUCCCUUGUAAUGGUUACUACCCUUCCUAUUGCAUCCUGUGGCAGCAGAUUAUGAGGGUGCCAUGUAUCUAUCUGUACCGAUGUCGACUUGAACAGGCUGCACAUUCUUUUUGGUUUUUUUUUUUUUUUUUCAUCCCUCCCCCACCUAUUCACUCCCAGUGUAGAGCACAUAAUUAAAUUCAUUUUUUUUUUAUUAGUCAUUAAUUUAUUAUAAAACUUGUUUGAAUCUAUGCACA